AUGUCACCCAGCCAGCCCGAGUAUGCUUCAGAGGACGAAGAUCAUGAGAUGCUAGACUACCCUGAGACGCAUGAUUCUGGUUCCGAGUUUCUUAUGUCCGAAGACGACACUGACUCCACUGAUGCUGAACCUAACGGCUCUGCAACCGACUCAGAGAACAACUCUGAACAUAGCCCUGAGAAUCACGACACAGAGUCGAUCCCGGGAAUCGACGACCCUUCUCACGACAAUGCGCUUGCUUCCCCUGAGUACAUUGAUUUAUACUCCAUAAACGAUCUUGUUGAAUCGGACCUUGAGGAAAGUGAAGAUGACGAAGAAAAUGAAGACAAUGACACUGAGGACAAAGAUGACGAGCGCAAAGCCCUCCUUGCCCAGUAUUUCCCGAGGACCACCCUUGACCUCGAUAAGGAAUCCAAGGAUGUCUGCCUGGCUAGAUUCAACCAGAGGCUAGGCAGCAUCUUGGAAUUCUUGGCUGCGAAGGCGGAUGAAAUCGCAUCUGGCAAAUCAGGCAAACGGUGGAUUGGUGGUGACUUCGCCCAGUCUCUUGGAAAAUUCCCACCCGAAGAAGUUCUUGAGAUAUUUGAAUAUGUCAUCCCAGAAUCCACAAGAGUAAUACUGGGGUCUGCUGAACUUACACCGGAACAUAUUCUUGCGUUGCCAAUUGUCGAUACCUCGCUCGAUCUUCCGGGGGUAUAUCUGAUCGCCUUCUUGAAAACAAGUGGGGAGUUGCCGCAACUCUCUGGUGUAGAAUCAACCAACUCAACAGAUACCAUGGAUCAGCAGAGCUGGGUUGCUAGUGGUCUAUAUGGAGGGUCUAGCCUGAAAAGCGUUUCGAAACGGUGUGUCGACCACCGUAAGCUGUUCAAGAGUACCAGCACUGUGAAGUUAGUCAAUGGUCGUUGGAAGCCUAAUAGCAAGCCUAAUAGCAAGCCAGUCAUGGUCCUGUACUGCUAUGCCAACAUCAAUAAAGUUGUGCCAUCUUACAGGCAGGUUUGUGUUUUCCCAGAAAGGUUAGACAUGUUCGAUGACCUUCUAAGAAUGGACAUCAAUUGGAUGGCUCGCCUGCUUGAGCAGGCGAUUAUACUCUUACUGGAUAUCUACACGCCAUGCAAGGAUCCUGAACUCAGAGAAAUCAUUGGCUACACCCAGGAGAUGUAUCUCGAGGCCCUUGAGCAGUGCAAAAUACCUUUGAGUGUCUUCUACCCCCUGAACCACGCAAUGCCACUAAAACAAAGCGACGUAAAGACUUCUGGUCGACGGGUGUGUCACCAUUGUGCUGCCAAAAAAUCCGGAGCCAACGCAUGGUAUCGCCACCCUAACGGAACCGAAGAGAAACCGUUAUACUAUUGCGCGGCUUGUUAUGUGUAUCGCUCUCAGCACACUUCCGAUCGCCCGGCCGCUUUGUUCAACGGCCGCCGUCCAAGUCCCACCGCCGGACCAUGUAGCCAUUGUGCAGUGACCGAAUCUGUUACAUGGUGUUGGCACUGGAGGGAUAAGGACCAUGUGGUCUGUUCGUCCUGCAGUGCUUACUGGCGGAAGCACAGAGUUGAUCGACCAAUGAAGAAAGAAAAGAAGAAGUGCAUACGCUGUGGGGCAACAGAGAUCAAAGGGCACUGGCACUAUGCCUACGAUGCGAGUGGACAAAAGACUGGGGACUAUUGGUGCUCAGUUUGUGCCAUGCAAAACAACAGAGACAUCAACAAGGAAGCCAAGAAGAACAAUUACGCAAACUGUACAUGUUCGAUUUGGACUACGCUCGGUCCAACCUUGCUCGAUCGUCUCAAGGAUAGCACCCUGACCCUCGAUCGCAUAACUUGUGGGAACUGUUAUGAAGUACGACGCGUAUAUUCGCUCAAGAAAGCCAAGAUGGAAGACAAGACCGGCCUGAGUGCGAAUAGAGUCUUUACCGAUAAGCACAACAACCCACGAAGGCCAAAAGAGCUGACAUGGCAAGAGUGGGCAGGUAAAGACGAGUUAGGGGAUGAACCCUACCGCCAAACCAAACUUCUGCUGCCCUACCUGUUGCGAGUUCAUGGGGUAGACCACAGCAUUGAGAAACUCAUUGCCGAUAAGGCGGUGGAGAACGAGUUAGAUGCAAUGGACUUGGAAGAUGAAUGA